AUGGAUAAGGCUUGGAUGCACAUCGAAGAUAGAUUGGGUUCCAACGAAUAUGGUGAAGGUGUUAGACAGUUCAUGGCUAUGGCUCAAGCCCAUGCCCCCGGACAUGAUCACAUUAGGUGUCCAUGUAGAAGAUGCCGAAAUAGAGCUUUCCACCCUCUUAGUAUGGUCGAAGAUCAUUUGUUUAUCAUAGGCAUUGAACAAACUUAUACUAAGUGGAUUUUCCAUGGGGAAGAUGAUCCUUUCUUGGAUGUUACAUUUUCAGAUGAUGAUCAUGUUGAUACAUCGGCUUACAAUGACUACAUCGAUGAUAUGGACGACAUGUUAGAUGACAUUUUUAAGGGUGGGUUGCUUCACAUUAAGACAAUUGGUGGUUGGACCGUUAAGUCAUUUGACAUGCUGCUAAAUCUACUACGUGCUGCAUUUCCCCAUGCUCUUUUCCCAGCCACAUAUAACGAGGCUCGCCGCUUGGAGCGUGGGUUGGGAUUCAGUUAUGAGAAGAUACAUGUUUGCCCAAAUGAUUGUGCAUUGUUUUGGAAGGAAAAUGCAGCAUACAAUGAAUGUCCUAAAUGUAAUUCAUCAAGAUGGCUUUCAAGCACAAGUAAAGCACAUAAGAUACCACAAAAAGUCCUCUGGUAUUUUCCUUUGAAGCCACGCUUGCAGAGACUAUUUAUGUCAAAGAAGACAGCCAAAGACAUGAGAUGGCAUGUAGAAGAACGUGUUGACGAUUCGACUUGCAUGACACAUCCAGCAGAUUCUAGGGUAUGGAAAGACUUUGAUAACAAACAUAGUUGGUUUUCCCAAGAUGCUCGAAAUGUUAGACUUGGUCUAGCGAGUGAUGGGUUUAAUCCAUUCAAUAACAUGGCCAAACCGUAUAGCAUAUGGCCGGUACUACUUGUGCCUUACAACUUGCCCCCUUGGUUAUGCAUGAAAGAUCCAUACACCAUGUUGUCGUUGCUCAUCCCUGGCCCUAAGGCACCAGGAAAUGAUAUUGAUGUCUUUUUGCGUCAUUUAGUAGAUGAGUUAAUGGAAUUAUGGGAAGAUGGUAUUCAUACUUAUGAUGCACAUAAUGGGCAAAUGUUUAAAAUGCAUGCAGCGUUGCUUUGGACUAUAAAUGACUUCCCGGCAUACGCUAAUCUGUCCGGGUGGAGCACAAAGGGGAAAAUGGCAUGCCCUGCAUGUGCAGCUGACACAGAUUCUCUCUGGUUGGUUUAUGGGCGCAAACAUUGUUAUAUGGGUCAUCGACGGUGGUUAUUACCAGAUCAUGCAUGGAGAAGGAAGAGAAAUGCUUUUAAUGGGUAUGUGGACCAUCGACAAAACCCAUCAAGGGUCACGAGAGAUGAUUUGCUACACCAACUACUUGAGGUGUCACAUGUGCAGUUUGGAAAAUCUUCUCUAAAGAGAAAACGGACACCCAAUGAAUUAAAUUGGACAAAAAAAAGUAUAUUUUUUAAACUUCCAUACUGGCUACAUUUGGGAUUGAGACACAAUCUCGACGUCAUGCAUAUUGAGAAAAACAUAUGUGAUAACGUGUUGGGAACAUUGUUGAAUAUUGAAGGAAAAACUAAGGACUCUGCCAAUGCACGUAGGGAUUUGGAAAAUCUUGGAUUAAGGAAAGAAUUACAUUUACAACAUGAUGGUGAUCGCAUUUCUAUGAAUCUUGGAAGCUACAUGUUAAAUUUAAAUGAGCGAAGGAAUUUUUGUGCAUGGUUGUCAGAAGUGAAAUUCCCUGAUGGUUUUGCAUCAAAUAUUGCCCGUUGUGUCAACGUUAGUGAAGGAAAAAUCAAAGGAAUGAAGAGUCAUGAUUGUCAUAUCUUUAUGCAAACACUACUUCCGGUUGUCAUAGGUGGAUUUUUACGACCUAAUGUGCGUCAAGCUUUAAUAGAGUUAAGCACUUUCUUCAAAGAGUUAUGUUCACGAACUUUGACAUUACCAGUGUUGCAUUGGCUAGAAGCUAAUAUCCCUAUCAUUCUCUGUAAACUAGAAAUGAUAUUCCCACUAACAUUUUUUGACAUCAUGGUCCACCUUGCUAUUCAUUUGCCAGAGGAGGCAUUGUUAUGUGGACCUGUUCAGUACAGGUGGAUGUAUCCAUUCGAAAGGUAUUUAGGAAAAUUCAAGCGGUACGUCCGCAAUCGAGCCCGUCCAGAAGGUUCAAUUGCUGAGGCAUAUAUUCAUCUCGAGUGCCUGACAUUUUGCUCUAUGUACCUUCAUGAUAUCGAGAGCAGAUAUAACCAAGAGGAACGCAACAUUGAUGUUCCAGUUGGAGGGAGUUCAUCGAUUAUUUGUCCAAGUUUAUCUGUUUUCUCACAAAAGAUUCGUCUGUUGGGGACAGCAAUCUCUCACAAAUUAGAAGACACACUUAUAGCAAAGGCCAUAUGUGAGCACUAUAAGAAGAUUAAAGAAGAGGACCAGAAUAACGUCGAACGUAGGCAUCAAAGUCAAUUCCCAUCCUGGUUCAGAUCACACGUGAGGGAGUUGCGUGCAAAUAGUCCAAAUGACAUCACCGACGACAUAUAUGCAUUAGCAUGUGGUCCAGAUCCGUGGGUUGCAUCAUAUGCCGGUUGUAUAAUGAAUGGAAUUCGUUUCCAUACUAAAGAGCGUGAAAGGCAUCGCCGCACCCAAAAUAGCGGUGUGGUUGUUAAUGGCGAGCACCAAGGAUUGCCUAUGGACUUCUAUGUUGUGUUGCAUGACAUUAUUGAAUUACGGUAUAUGGGGUGGCAUAAGGUAUACUUAUUUAGUUGUGCCUGGUGGGAUGUUGGCGACCCGAGAAGGGGGAUACGUGUGAAGGACCACUUAACAAGUGUGAAUACAGCAAGACAAUGGUAUAAAGAUGAGCCAUUUGCCUUAGCGUGUCAAGUAUGUCAAGUGUUUUACCUAAAGGACCCAACCUUGGGGGGAAGUUGGAAUGUCGUACAUAAGAUUACAAAUAGGAAUUUUUACAACAUUCAAUCCAUGACAUUAGAAGAGGAUGAGAGUAAUGAUGAUGAUGAAUCCAAUAGGAGUGAUGCAAUAGGUGAGGGUGAAACCAAUCUCAAUGAGUAUGGGCCUAUUCUCGACAAUGACUCAUCGAUGCAACAUCCAUUAAUGCAUCGAGUCGAUCAAGAGCCUUUGACGGUCGAUCCAUUAACCAUUUCACCUCGAGUGAUGUCUCAACCAAUAGAGGAUGAUAUAUUUAUUAAUGAUAACACCAUUGACGAAGACAUAGAGAUGGAGAACAUAAAUGUGGGGCAAAACUCUGGUUCCGAGAUGCAGCACCAUCUAGAUGAGGUGACGGAGGAUGAUGAUGGUAUGGCUUAUCCAUUCAAUUUGAUCAUAUAA